UGCCGGAUUGAAUACAUUAAACUGACGACACAGCUGUUUUAUUCAGAUGAAACGCUUAAUAGGCAAUUGCAUUUCAAUCAGUCGAGCUGAGGAAACAAGAUGCUGAACAACGUCUGCAGAGUGUGCGGAAGGCAGAAGAUCUGUGAGAAGAGUCUCAAUCUCUUCGACGUGGUCAACCGAAAGUAUCUUAAGCACUUGCAUAUGAUAACCGGCCUUAGGUUGUGCCCACUGGACAAUGCUCCUGGUUUCAUGUGUCUCUGCUGCCAGUCGGAACUCAGAUCGGCACUGGCAUUUCGAAGGGUGUGCAUUAAGACCCAACAAAAAUGGCUGACCAUCGAGGCAGAUUCCUCAGCAGAUCCGAAGCUCGAAUCGGAAAAAAAUGCUACGGUCAGCAAUUUUAGGGAACCCGAUGAUGGCGAAGUGCUGGAAGAAACGUUUCAGAUACUGAUUGAGGAGGAGCCCUCGGAUAGUGUGCUGAUACCUGAAUCGGAAGAAUUCGAGAAAUUGGAUUUUGAAACGGAUUGCUGCAGCACAAAUGAAGAAAUAGAUAAGGCCUCUGUACCGCACCAAAAGAUUCUCCGAAUUUCGAGCAAACCCAAAACCGAUGAUCAGAUUUACACAUGCGAGCUGUGCGGGACUUAUGCCGCCUCGAAAUCCAUUUUUCAACGGCACAUGAGAAAACACACGGGAGUACGACCAUUUGGCUGCAAGGAGUGUGGAGCCAGGUUUCUCACUGCCGCCGAACUACGUUCCCACCACCGCGUCCACAGCAAGGAGCAACCGUUUGCCUGUCGCUUCUGCGAGAAGAGGUACGUCAGCUACAUGGGCCGGAUGACCCACGAGAGGAUCCACACCAAUGAGAGACCCUAUGUGUGCGAAAAGUGUGGCAUGAAAUUUACCACCGCCUAUGUCCUCAAGAACCACAUGGUUAUCCACACGGGCGAGAGGAAUUUCCGGUGCGAAACUUGCAAUCGUUCUUUCCAGAGAAGGGGGCAUCUUAAAACACACUUCGAAUCAAUGAUGCAUCAAAUUAAAAUUAAAAGGACAGAGGAGCAAAGUCUCUUAAAAAGGAGGGAUUAACUUAAAAUAAAAUCUUAUG